AUGGGUCUCUUCACCGCGUCCCCCAGCUGGCCCACGGUUCACCUGCGCUUUCCGCCGCGCUCCUUCCUCCAAUUCCCCCCCGGUCACCAGCCCGACACCAUUCCCGCUCCGCCCGUUGACGCCUCAUGGGCGCAGCCCUUCACGAUUCCGCCGCACCUGUUCAAGGCUGCCUUGGACGUCCGCGUGCCGGUCACUAUCGCCCUCGUUUAUGCCAUCGCCGUCGUCUUCAUCAAUCGUCUCAAUAAGAGCCGCGGAAACACUCCAUGGCCCAUCAGCAAGACCACGCCGUUUCGGCUCUUUGUGGUUCUACACAAUGUGUUCCUCGCCGUGUAUUCUGCAUGGACUUUCUUGGGCAUGCUUGAGGCCUUCCGCGGGUCAUGGCCCCAGCGUGAGGAGAUGCAGGGCUCGGGUAUUGUGAAUGUCGUUGACGCUUUGUGCAAAAUCAAUGGCCCACGUGGUCUGGGAAACGCCGCUGUCUUCAACACCACCUCCGAUUCAUGGGCCAUUUUAAAUCCGGAAUUCACGCUGGCACCAGGGAACGUACCCGACCCUACCGAUGUUGGGCGGCUCUGGAACAAGGGAUUGGCAUUUUUCGGCUGGAUCUUCUAUCUGUCCAAAUUUUAUGAGGUCUUGGAUACCGCCAUCAUCCUUGCGAAGGGUAAGAAGAGUUCGACCUUGCAGACCUACCACCACGCCGGUGCCAUGAUGUGUAUGUGGGCUGGAAUCCGCUACAUGGCCUCGCCGAUCUGGAUCUUCGUACUAGUUAAUUCCGCCAUUCACGCACUCAUGUACACCUACUAUACCCUGACCGCGGUCAACAUUCGCGUACCCGUUCGCAUCAAGAAAUCUCUUACCACAAUGCAGAUUUUGCAGUUCAUCUUUGGUACCGCCCUGGCUGCUAGCCAUCUCUUUAUUUCUUAUUCCAUUCCAUUUCCGGUUCCUCAUGCAGUGUCGUUUCGGCCUCUCACGUCAAUCCUGCCGUCAAUUGUUGCAGUCACGAACGAUACACAAGGAGGAGUUGGCUCAUGGCUGAAGAAGCUAGCACUGCGCGCGGCCGGUCAUGAAGGCGUGGCCGAGAAUGUUGUCAACAGCAACGGCACGCUGUUCGGUACUGACGGCGUGCAGGCUGCACACGCGACCUUGAAUAAGCAGGAGGUGCGAUACGCACUGGAAGCCAGAACAUUCACCUGCAUGGACACCAGUGGACAGGCGUUUGCCAUCUGGCUGAACGUGUUCUAUCUCUUGCCGCUGACCUGGCUGUUUGCACGCUUCUUCGUGCGCUCCUACCUUCGACGUACUGUACCUGGCGCGAAACGCUCGGUAUCGCAUACCCACGCGGCCGAGAAGGCGGGUUUCGAUGCGCUCAAGGGCGUCACACGCGAGAUCCAGAACGCUGUCAUUGAGAUGCACGGCGACGGCACCGUUCCGACCGACAACGAGUCUCCCACCAGCACUCCGCACCCAGAGGCGUACGAAGCCAACGUCGAGCAAGUCCUGACGAAGAAGCAGGCGCGCGCCGAGCGACGCUUCAGUGCCACCACCAAGCAUCCUGUUGGGGUACAGGUGGCUCCGGGCACGGACAGGAGUCGCACACCGGUGGAUCCCGCCGCGUAUGAGGCGAACAUUGAGGAUAUUAUGACCCGCAAGCAGCAGGCUGUAGAGGCGAAAGCGCACCGAACGACGCAGCGUGGAGAGGGCCUGCAUGUGGCCGAAGGCGCUGGAUCAGCGGUAGGUAUCAUGCCACCCGAGCAGAGUUCGGCGGAGGCCCCGUGGGUGCCGGUGCGUAGCAGCCGGGCGGGCAAGAAGAAGGGCGGCAGAGCGUAA